AUGGCCGCUCAUACCACUCCGGCCCUGUCGGCCUUGUCUGGCCCGACAUAUACCACAGCCCAGACGCUGAUCCAGCAGGUGGCGUACCUGUUGAGCGACAAGAUCUUCUCCUACUCGCCCGAAACAUUCGACUUGGAUGCCGCCCUUCGUGAAUGGUCCGCGGCCCGUGAAACGAAUGCCAACGGAGAGUCUCCCGUCGUCAAGACCAUGGAGACCCGCCAGGGCGCCGGCAACAUUGCCCUCGGCUACCUCUUCUCGCAGGACUUUGAUCUGAAGAAGCGCCAUGUGCCGCAGGGCAUCGUCGCCUCCUCCGCUACCCUUCCGUACAUGCGUGCAGCGCUGGAGCAACUCUCGCUGCUCUAUUCUGUAGCCAGCCCCGUCGCUGCCCACGUCGCCGCUGUCGACUAUGCCGGCGAGGAGGGUUUGGUAUCAGACUAUGCUUCUGCUCUCUCGCUUGCCGAGGACCUCGGACUGGGUCUUGUCUCUAGCGGUUCGGCUCAUGAGUCUCAGCACAUGGCUCUGUUCACGACGCUCCUUGCCUCUGUCCUCCCUUCCAUCCAUAUCUAUGACGGUGUCCGCGUUGGCCGCGAAACUACCCGGAUUAUCGACGUUCUCGAUCAGGAUGGGCUCAACCGUACAUACGAGACUGUCCGCAAGACCCUGAACGACUCUCGGAAUCGCCACCUUGAUGCCCAGGGCAAAGUGUUGGACUUGCUCAAGACCCUGAAUGGCGAACUUGGAACCGACUAUGGUGCCUUCGAGUACCAUGGUCAUUCGGAGCCUGUUUCCGUCCUGGUGGCCUUUGGCACUAUCGAGGCUGCCCUCACCGCUCAGGUCGCCCGGUCGUUGGCCAAGGACGGUGUCCGUGUUGGAGUCGUCAACGUCCGUGUCUAUCGCCCCUUUGUCGAGGAGGAGUUCCUGCGUGUUCUCCCUCAGUCCGCCAAGACCGUUGGCAUUCUUGGCCAAGUUGUCAACGAGGAGGCUGUUCAGGAGGAGGGAAUCCACUCUGCCCUUUACGAGGAUGUGCUUGCCGCUUUGACGUUUGCCACGGGCCGUGAGCAUACUCCGGCCUGCGUCGAAAUCAAGUACGCUCGCUCCCAGCGUUGGGAUCUGAUCACAGCCGCUGCUGCAUUCCAGCGUAUCUUUGACAAGCCCGUCCUGCCGGUCAACACGGAGACCAACCAGGCUGCGGCUCUGCAGUUGCUGGACCCCGCUACCGUCCAGGAAUACACUUUCUGGGAUGUCGACAGCUCUGACUCCGAGGAUGCCACUCGCACCCUGAGCCAGGCUCUUGCCGCCGACUCGGCUAGCAAUGUCACUGCCAGCAAGAUCCACGACAACCUGGUGCAGGGUGGUGCUGUUCGCAUCGACAUCCGCAAGAGUGCCAAGAUCCUGGAUGCUCCUUAUGCCGUGACAGCUGCGGAUGUUUCUUAUGUUGGAAACAUCAAGCUGCUUAAUGACGUUGAUGUGCUCGCUUCUGUCAAGGACAACGCUAAGGUCAUUAUCAGCGCCCCGGGUAUCAAGGAUGAAGAUCUGGAGAAGAAGCUGCCGGCCGCCUUCAAGCAAACUGUGGCUCACCGCGGCAUCUCUCUCUUUGUUGUCGACCCUUCGGUUACCGAAGAUCAGUCCCUCGACGCCCUUAUUCUGCAGGCUACGUUCUUCCGUGUUGCUCUGCCCUCUCAAGAGACCCUGGGAACCAAGAAGCUGUCAUCGAUUGUCGGCAAUGCCGAGGCUCUCGAGAAGGUGACCAAGGAUCUUGACACGAUGCUGCGUCAGAUCGAGAUUCCUGAGUCCUGGAAGGAGCCCGAGGAGGCCAAUGAACCCCUUCUGCUUCCCAAAGAUCUCUCGAUCAACAGCUUCGUGCCCUUUGAUAAGGCUGAGACUGAGCCCUCAACCCUUCUCAAAGACUGGGAGACUGCUGCUCGUGGCCUGGCGUUCAAGGAGGCUUUCGGCACCAAGACCGCUCUCCGCCCUGACCUGGCCACCAAGACCUUCACCGUGCACGUUAAGGAGAACCGUCGCCUCACCCCUACCACCUAUGAUCGCAACAUCUUCCACAUCGAAUUCGACCUUGGCGACUCUGGCCUCACUUAUGACAUCGGUGAAGCCCUGGGUGUCCACGCAGAGAACGACCCCAAGGAUAUCAUGGACUUCAUCGCGUUCUAUGGGCUAAACCCCGACGCCAUCGUCGAAGUCCCAAGUCGCGAGGAUCCCACCGUGCUGGAAAACCGGACGGUACAGAGAGAGAAGACCUCCCUCCGAACCCUCGGCGGGCCCGACGGUGCCGUGGAGUUCAAGCGCCGCGCCGAAGUCGACACCGUGACCUUUGCCGACAUCCUGCUGGAGUACCCAUCCGCGCACCCAGAAUUCCACGAAAUCGUCCGCAUCGUCGGCCCGCUCAAGCGUCGCGAGUACUCCAUCGCCUCGUGCCAAAAGGUGACCCCGACCACGGUGGCGCUGAUGAUCGUCGCUGUGAACUGGGUCGACCCCAACGGCCGCGACCGCUUCGUCGAGCGUGAUGAAGCUGCCCCCAAGUCGACGCAGCCGCUGAUCAUGGCUGGUCUGGGCACAGGCCUGGCGCCGUUCCGCGCAUUUGUGCAGCACCGCGCCCUCGAGAAGGCCCAGGGCAAGGAGAUCGGUGCUGUCCUCCUGUACAUGGGCUCGCGCCACCAGCGCGAGGAGUACUGCUACGGUGAAGAGUGGGAGGCCUAUCAGGAGGCCGGCGUGAUCACUCUUCUUGGUCGUGCCUUCUCGCGCGACCAGCCUGAGAAGAUCUAUAUCCAGGACCGCAUGCGCCAAACUCUGCCUGAAAUCAUCCAGGCUUAUAUGCGCGAGGAGGGCGCUUUCUACCUCUGUGGUCCUACCUGGCCCGUUCCCGAUGUCACUGCUGUGCUGGAGGAGGCUAUUGCCACCGAAGCGAAGAAUAAUGGCAAGAAGGUGGACACCCGCAAGGAGAUCGAGAAGCUUAAGGAUGAGGAGCGCUAUGUUCUGGAGGUUUACUAG